AUGGUGUGGGGUCAUCGGUUACUGGUUCCCAGGGCGGCGAUGGUGUCGAAAAUGACUGGCAGGGAACUGUUCAAGCAGAUGGGGUGUCCCCGGCGGGUUCUUGCGCCGAUGGUUGACUCGAGCGAGCUUUGCUGGCGGAUUCUAUCACGGGCUUACGGUGCGACGCUGUGCUACACACCGAUGUUCCAUGCGAAGCUGUUUGCGACUUCUGAGAAGUACAGAAGGGACAUGUGGUGUCCCCUCGAUGGUACUGUGGGUGUUGCUGAUCGGCCGUUGAUUGUACAGAUAUGUGGAAACGACCCGGAGUACAUUUUGAAGACCGCUGAGUUGGUGCAGGACCGGUGUGACGCGGUGGACUUAAACCUUGGGUGUCCGCAGGGGAUCGCGCGAAAGGGACACUACGGGUCGUUCCUGAUGGAGGAGUGGGAGGUCAUUGAGAAGAUCAUUCGUACAUUGCACGAGAAACUGACAGUUCCCGUUACGGCGAAGAUACGCGUGUUCCCCGAUAGAGAGAAGACGCUGCAGUAUGCGAAGAUGAUCCUGGAUGCUGGUGUGCAGAUACUGACUGUGCAUGGACGUUUGCGUGAGCAGAAGGGUCAGAAGACGGGGCUCGCGGACUGGGACGUGAUCCGAUACUUAAGGGAUAACUUACCUGCGGGCACGGUGAUGUUUGCGAACGGGAACGUACUGUACCCGGGGGACAUCGAGCGGUGUCUCGAGUACACUGGGUGUGACGCGGUUAUGAGUGCGGAGGGGAACCUGUACAACCCCGGUGUGUUCAGCGACCCAGCUGGUGACAAGGACCGGACUUUCCCGCGUGUGGACGUGCUUCUGCGGGAGUUCUUUGAAAUUGUGAAGUUGCACGCUGGGGAUUCCCCCGCGUCGCGGAAGGCGAUGAAGUCACACUUCUUCAAGAUUCUGCGGCCGUUCCUACCGCACCACACGGAUAUCCGGUCCUCCAUUGCAUCGCUCUCCGCACACACGACGCUGGACGAGUGGGAGCGAGAGGUCGUCGUCCCCGUGGAACGCGCCGUUGAGGCGAUCUACCGCACGGACCCAGAGGAUGCAAUUGUCGACGGUCCUUUGGAGAAAUGGGGCGGAUGCUACAAGAGUGUGCCCUACUGGCGGUGUCAACCGUACUUCCGGCGCGUGGACGGCGUCGCAGGCGACAAGAGGGUUGUUGCGGAGUUAGAUGCGCAGGAUGACACGUCGUCUCCGGCAAAGAGGCUCAAGACGGAUGCCUAG